AUGGAACUCUUAGACAUUAUCAUGUUCUCUUUCACCCUCCUUUUCUUCCGCUGGUGGUGGACCCGCUGGUCCAAAACCGGCGGCGGUGCCAAAAACCUCCCACCCGGACCACCAGGUUGGCCUAUCGUCGGCAACCUCUUCCAAGUCAUCCUCCAACGUCGUCCUUUUAUGUACAUCGUUCGCGAUUUACGUCUAAAAUACGGUCCAAUCUUCACCAUGCAAAUGGGUCAGCGCACGUUGAUAAUCGUCACAAACGCUGACCUAAUCCACGAAGCCCUAAUCCAGCGAGGCCCACAGUUUGCUAGCAGGCCUAAAGACUCUCCCAUCCGACUCAUCUUCAGUAUGGGAAAGUGUGCCAUCAACUCCGCGGAGUACGGCCCGCUCUGGCGCUCACUCCGCCGUAACCUCGUCACUGAGAUGAUAUCGCCGCUGAGAGUAAAACAGUGCAGUUGGAUUCGGAAAUGGGCCAUGGAAGCCCAUAUGAAAAGGAUCCAAAAAGAAGCCCAUGAGAAAGGUUUUGUUGAAGUAAUGAGUAACUGCAGACUCACCAUUUGUAGCAUUCUCAUUUGUCUCUGUUUCGGUGCGAAGAUAACUGAAGAACGAAUCAGAGACAUUGAGAGUGUUCUCAAAGAAGUCAUGCUCAUUACUCUUCCGAAGCUUCCAGAUUUUUUACCCGUUUUAACUCCGUUAUUCCGUGGACAUGUGAAAGAAGCGAGGAAGCUGCGAAAGAAACAGGUGGAGUUAAUAGCACCGUUAAUAAGAAAACGGAAAGCUUACGUGGAGAGUAACGGAAAUAAUGGAGAUCCAGAGAUGGUGAGUCCGGUUGGGGCUGCAUACGUGGAUUCGUUGUUUGAGUUGGAAGUUCCUGGGAGAGGAAGGUUAGGAGAAGAGGAGUUGGUUACGCUUGUGUCGGAGAUUAUCAGCGCCGGGACUGAUACGAGCGCGACGGCGGUGGAAUGGGCGUUGCUUCAUUUAGUGAUGGAUCAAGAGAUUCAAGAGCGGUUAUAUAAAGAGAUUGUUGACUGCGUUGGAAAAUGCGGUGUUGUUAUGGAUAGUGAUGUUGAGAAAAUGUCUUAUCUCGGUGCUAUAGUGAAGGAAACAUUCCGGCGACAUCCACCGAGUCAUUUUGUGCUAUCGCAUGCAGCGACGGAGGAGACGGAGCUUGGUGGUUACACUGUUCCGGCGGAUGCGAGUGUUGAGUUUUACACGGCUUGGUUAACGGAGGAUCCGAGUAUGUGGAAGGAUCCAAAUGAGUUUCGACCCGAGAGGUUUUUGAAUGGAGAUGGAGUUGACGUGGAUGUAACCGGAACUAAAGAGGUGAAGAUGAUGCCGUUUGGUGUGGGGAGGAGGAUUUGUCCGGCGUGGACAUUGGGAACUUUGCAUAUAAACAUGUUGAUGGCAAAAAUGGUGCUGGCGUUUAGGUGGUUACCGGUUCCGAAUAACCCGCCCGACCCGACUGAGACAUUCGCUUUUACUGUUGUUAUGAAGAAUCCUCUCAAAGCUGUUAUUGUCCCUAGAAUAAUUUAA